AUGCUGCUGAAGCAUCUCAUCAAGGUCUGCUCCGAAGGGAAGGAGGCAGAUACAUCCAAGGGGGUCAACUUGGACGGGAAGAGCAAGACGCCCGGUGAUAUCUGGAAUGGAAGGUUAGACGGGGACAAGGAGGAGGCCACAGUGACUUUUCGCGGAUCCGAUCUCCUGCAGGGAGUCCUGGACAAGGCAUCUUUCGGUGCCGAGACGGCCGGAAUCACGCACAUGUGCUUCGAGCUCAUGGGUGGCCGACUUGUCAGUCUCUGGCUUUCCGGGAUCGCCAGGCUUUUCACUCUGCUGUUGCAGAUGCGGGGCUUCACGUGCGCCUACGAAGACCUGGUCCUCAGACCGGAAAUCGACGAGAAGAGGACGGAGCUGGUCAAGGGAGCGCGGUUGGCCGCAAAGGAGGUGGCUGAACAGUGGAUCCACAAGCAUGGUGCAGGCGAAGAGCUGGCAGCGAACCCCACGCCAAGCGCACUUUCAAAGGCAUCCAAGCAUCUGUUUCAGCAGAAGGAGACCGUGGAGCACUUUGAGGGCUUGAUCAUUGGCAAGAUGAAGGAGUUCUGGUCCGGCAUGAUCAACAAGUGCAUUCCCAUUGGCCAGCGGCUCCCUGUUCCCCGGAACUGCUUUGCAUCCAUGGUGCAGACGGGAGCCAAAGGGUCCAAAGUCAAUCAGUCGCAAGUCAGCUGCUGCUUGGGACAGCAGGAGCUGGAGGGUCGCCUUCCACCCUUGAUGACGACGCAGAGGUCCCUGCCGUGCUUUGCCGUGCGUGAUCUCUCCAACCGAACCCGAGGCUACAUCGCUGACCGAUUCUUAACGGGCAUCCGACCGCAGGAAUUCUUCUUCCACUGCAUGGCCGGGCGAGAAGGUCUCGUGGACACGGCUGUGAAGACGUCACGCUCAGGCUACUUGCAGCGAUGCCUCGUGAAGCAUUUGGAGGCACUCAAGGUGAGCUAUGAUCAUACCGUGCGCGACAGUGAUGGCUCCGUUCUGCAGUUUCUCUACGGAGAGGACGGCGUCGAUGUCACUCGCGCAACGUACCUUUUCAAGUUCGACGAGCUGCGGUCCAACUUCCACUUCUUCGCGCAACCUGUGAAAAGCAAACUACAGCAGAUGAGCCAAAGCAGCCAAGCUGUGGAUAUCCAGUGUGCGCGCCUCUUCUUGGCCGCCAGACAGGCAGCCAAAGAUGGCAACCUCCCGAAGGCCCUCGAGGCUGUGGAGGCAUUGCUGAAAUUGCAGACGGAGUUAGACUCCUGCUCUUUGCUUUCCUUGAAGGCGCUGCGCAAGAAGCUGCGGAGCCACAUCAAGAAGGGCACUGCCGCUGAGUGUGACCGCCUAUUCGAUCCCAUUUCUGCAGUGCUGGGGCCUUCGCAUUACUACGGAGCGACAUCGGAGAAGCACGAGGAAGCACUGCAGAAGUAUCUCAAGCAGAGCACAGAGAGCGGGCAGAUGACGAGCAAGGAGGCAAAGCACUUCGAGCGCGCAAUGCAUCUGAAGUUCCAGCGCACGCUGGCCGAACCUGGCGAAGCGGUUGGUGUCAUUGCAGCCCAAAGCAUGGGAGAACCGAGCACCCAGAUGACGCUCAACACCUUCCACUUGGCAGGACAUGGAGGUGCCAACGUGACUUUGGGAAUCCCACGGCUUCGCGAGAUCAUCCAAACGGCCUCAAGGAGCUGCUCCACACCGCUGAUGACUGUGCCUGUGCUGAGUGCGGGUCCCGACGGCAAGCCUGCGUCGCUCCAGCAGCGAAUUGCAGCUGCCCAAGCGCUGAAGCGACGAUUCAGAAAGGUGACGGUGAUGGACUGCGUGGCCAGAUUGGUCGUGAACGAAAGCGUCCGACUCAUCGGCUCCAAGGCUGUCUGGGUGUACCACUGUCGGAUCGAGUUCAUGCCGCUGGACGAGCUUUGCAAGGCCGUGCCUUAUGUCACGCGGGAGCGGCUGAAGAACUUCGUCGAAACCACCGUCGUUCGUGAGCUGAAGAAGCAGCUGAGCAAGAUCAUCAGCGAAGCCAAGGACGUGAAGGUCAAGGUGGCAAAGCGAAGCAAAGCUGCUGCAACUGGCACUGGCGACACAGGCGGAGAUGCGCCAGAAGCAGCUGAGGCCGAGGAGGAGGAGCAGCCCGAGGAUUCCGGCAAGAAGGCCAAGAAGAAGAGAAGAAGAAUUCUUGGAGCAGAAGACAAGGCAGAGGAGGAGGAGCGAGUUGCAGAUGCCAUGGACGCAGAGGCUGACGGAGGCGACGCAGAGGAGGAGGAGAGUCUCUCUUCAGGCUUCUACACCUCGGUAGACGGCGAUGAUGAGAGGGCCAUCGAAGAUCCUGACGAACAGGAGUUGGAAGGAGCUGAGGGAACCAAGGGUGAUGAGGAGGAAGACGAAGAAGGAGCGGAUGAGGGGAAGAGAGACAAAGACGAGGAGGAGCAAGAGGAGGAAGAGGCUCCGGCCGAGGGUGGUGCGGACAUGGCGUCUCCGAAGGGGAAGCGCGCGAAAAAAGGAGACACGGGUGGAACGAAGGAGGAGCGGGAGGACGAUGAGAAAGACGGUGGUUCUGGAGGCAUCCAGAAGGCCAAGACCGGCACCCAGGAAGGCUCGAAAAACCGGAAGACCAAGACCGGCAGCAGCGCGCGACAGCUCGGAGACAAAGCCGCUUCCUUGCAAAGCCAGGCCGAGAAGGACCUUGGCGAGGCUUUGAAGGAGGACAACCUGGUUUGGCGAUCAGAGCUGAGGGGCGAUUCGAUGUCGAUCAUCGUGAACCACAACCAUUCCCAGUGCCCUCACAGUCUGUUUGUUGGGGAGGUGUUGCGAGGAGUUCUGUCGACCGCAACAUUGCAGGAUCCCGCGUGUGACGGGGUGGAGGCAGUUCAUGUGAAAGUUGAGAAUGACAAGGUGAGCCUGGAGUGCGAGGGGAUCAACCUCUUCGGCCUGCUGUGCUUGCCUCCCACACUUGUAGCACACAGCCAGAUCUACACCAACAACAUCAGGCACAUCCUGGAGACUUUUGGGGUUGAAGCUGCGCGUGCAUCGGUUGUCCGAGAAGUUCGCGGUGUCUUUGGCCACUACGGGAUUCAGGUGGAUCACCGCCACCUCUCGCUGAUUGCAGACUACAUGGCCCAAGCGGGCGGCUUGCGGCCGUUCAAUCGCAUGGGGAUGGUACAUUGUACAUCGCCACUACUGCAGAUGUCCUACGAGACGACCAUGCAGUUCCUGUCUGGCGCGUGCAAGGAAGAUCUGCUCGACAAUAUGAUCUCGCCUGCAAGCGCUAUCGUGCUUGGGCAGCCUCCUGCUGUCGGCACUGGCGUGGUGAAUCUGCUGGUGGAUCUGGAUCCGCCGGAUCCACCAUGGAAGAAGCAGAGGCGCUUCAAGUUCCCCGUGUGA